AUGAAAUGGAAAUUAACAGAUUUAAUGAACAAGAAGUCUCUCGAGAAGAAAAGCAGAAGUAUAGCACUCAAAGUUGAAGAAAGAAAUCAAGAAUCAAAGGAGGAAAGUGAGAAUCUUGGAUCGCUUGUCGAGAAAAUUCAACAAGUUUCUCAAGAAAAAGAUUCAAGACAAGGAAAAAACAUAAAAGAAUGGAGUGCCCGAGAAAAGAACAAAUAUAAUGACAAGAAAGAAGAGAAAGUCAAAAGAAGAGCCUAUGUAGCAUGGGAUGACAAUGACACUUCUUCAACAGACAAUUCUGACAAUGAAGAAGCCAACCUGUGUCUAAUGGCAAAUCAAAACCUUGAAUCCAGCAGU